AUGUCUGAUUGGUAUAUUCGGAUAUUACUAUCACUCCUGACGCAAGACAGCAGCAUACAGCAGCAGCUUACAGCAACAACAGCAGCAGCAAGACAGCAGCAUACAGCAGCAGCUUACAGCAACAACAGCAGCAGCUUACAGCAGCUUACAGCAACAGUAGCAGCAGCAACAACUUACAGCAGUUACAGCAACAGCAAUAGCAACAACGACAGCAACAGAAACAACAGUUACAGCAACAGCAACAACACUUACAGCAACAGCAACAGCAGCAGCACUUACAGCAAUAGCAACAGCAACAGCACUUACAGCAACAGCAGUUUACAGCGUAACAACAAAAGCAAAUCAACGUAA